AUGAGUUUAGACUUGGAAGAAGCUAACGAAACGCAGCAGCUAAUGCAGAAUGAAGGGGAAGAAGAGGAACAUAAAGUUUCUCAACCUGCAACAUCUCCAGUUACGAGUAAUAAGAUGUCUAGUGGUGCAGCGAGCUUCACAUCAAAAAAUCCGCACACAUUUACAAGUACAGGAAAUAAUAGUAUAAAUGAUUCUGCUAAAGUGUCCUAUGUUAAUGAAAGACGGUUGCAUCGAGACUUUAUGCGCACCAAUACAAGCAGACCUAAGAAUAUGCCUAAAGAAACACCUGAUGUAAAGCAUAUGGAAAAAGCUUUACUAGAGCUCCUUGAUGAUUUUCACACUGGCAAACUUAGUGCUUUUGGGACUGGGUGCAGUAUGGAACAAAUGAUUAGUAUAAGAGACCAGCAAGAACAUUUAGCAAGACUUCACUUUCGAUUAUAUGGAGAUGCUGAAAAAGCUACUGAGGACAGUUUUGAAAAUUCUGCUUCUAAAGAUAAAAUGGCACAAUUAGUGCAUAGUUUAGAACAGCUUUCUACAUCAAUAGAGUUAUUACAGUCAGAUAGUGGACCUGCUUCAAGUAGUAGUAGUAAAGAC